AGUGUUUGAGUCACAGUGAUGCUGUUCAGAUCGAUUACCGUCGCGAUCCUCAGACCUUUUUUCCUUUGAACGCAAUUUUCCGUUGUUUGUUGGUGUUUGGUUAAAUUGAAAGAAUCUUACCAUUUCCCUGAUCUAAUGAAUAAUUUUCUCGAGAGUUCAGAGAAUCCUAUCAACACAGAAUUGGCACACUUCUCUCGAGGAUGAUGGAUAUUUCUUGCGUACUCGUGCUACUGACUAUCAUCCCAUGGACAUCGGCACAGUACACAAAUGUUGUCCUCAGUCAGGGAACACUUGUGGGACUCAAGGUAUUCCCGGAGUCUUCACGUGUGCCCGUUUAUGCUUUUCUGGGGAUACCCUAUGCAAAACCACCAAUUGACGAGCUGAGAUUUGCUCCUCCGGUGCCCCAUCCGGGCUGGAAUGGGACACUUAUUGCGCGGGAUUUUCAGCCAAUCUGCCCACAACCGGACGUGAGUCCGUUGGAGGAAUCUAGUGAUUACAAUCCCCUGGCAUCUCCCACAAGUGAAAACUGUUUGUUUUUGAACGUUUGGACACCGGAAACAGGCUUUCGCUAUGGCAAUAUUCCCGUGGUGCUGAUCAUCACUGGAGAAGAUCAUGCUUUUGAUUACCUCAGGCAUCGUCCAACAGGAUUGGAUCUCGCUUCUGAGGGGAUUGUAGUGGUCACUGUUCAGUAUCGCACAAAUAUUUUCGGUUGGUUGAGCCUUCAGCAUGAAUUUGCGCCUGGGAACUUGGGUCUUCUGGACCAGAAUCUAGCACUUUUGUGGAUACAGAGGAAUAUUCAUCAAUUUGGAGGUGAUCCCAAGAGAGUCACCCUCCUCGGGCAUGGCACAACAGGAGCAGCAAAUGCAAUGAUUCACCUAACAAGUGGGAAAUCCAAUGACCUAUUUUCCCGGCUAAUUGUCAUGUCUGGGACUGUCUUUUCGUCCUAUUCUUACCAAAAUCCAGAUCCUGAACAUUUGGACUUAACAGCAUCUGAGCAAAUUAUUCAGAUCUUGGCAUGCGAUUCCCCGGAAAUACGCUACGUUCUCACGUGCCUGAGACGAAAGAGCGUUGGGGAUCUCCUGCGAGCUUUUGAGAUAAUCUAUCAAAUGGGGAACUAUACUAAACUCCUGGGACCAGUGCUGGACAGAAGAUUCCUCCUGGAUGAUCCGAGAAAAUUAAUAGCGUCUGGAAAUUUUCUAAUGGACAUUCCUAUUCUCAUGGGGAUUUGUAACAAUGAAGGUGCAUUCCUGAGAGAUUCAUGGAUUGAAUUUGGGAAGCAGGGACCAAAGCAAUUGAAGAAAUUCAUUGAUACUGUAAUUGUUUCAAAUAUAUUGGAGCAUUAUGCAUUCAAUAGUCCUGGACAAGGACAGAUCCGUGAGACAAUUGACUGGAGAUUCUUUGAUCAGAUUCCCCAAGUCUCGACAGUUCCCUAUCUUGUUGAUGCUCUGCAGAAAUUAGUGUCUGAAACCAAGUUCGAAAUACCAUUUUUUGAGACAAUUGAGCUUCUGUCCGGAGGCUUAGUGGUAAGAAAUGGCAGUCAAGGGGCUCUGAGGCAGGUUUAUGGAAGAAAUUUGGACGGGAAGAUUCUGAGGAGGAAGAGCAAUCUCUAUGUCUACUCCUUCCAACAGCCAUAUUCUAUUGACAUGAGGGGACGGGUUAAUUACUUCGGAGGAGCAUCACAUACGUCGGAUUUGCCCGUUCUCAUGGGCCCGAGUCUCCUGCAACAAAUUGGACGACGACGCUUAUCGCAAUCUGAGGAUAAAUUGUGCAAGAAGUUGAGGCAGUACUUUGGGGAUUUCAUCAAAUCAGGGAACCCUACUCCCGGAAGGCUCUUCGAUGCUUGGAAGCCCUACACGAGAGAUACCAAAUACAUUAAGGUCUUAUCCUCGAAAAUGGAAGCUGUAGCCCUGCAGGAUGACCUUGCCCAGUCCGGGGUCGAAAAGAAUAUCGUAAUGAUAGAGCACAUCUUUUCAAACAACCAACACACAAUUGGUAGCAAUAUUCCCCAGAAUCCCUAUCAACUGAGCACCAAUCUUCCCAGCGGACGAGCUCUAACGCCCCGUGGUCAGAAUGACGAAUACGUGAAUGAUAUUGUCAAUAUGCAAUACUUCAGUGAACUGAGCAAGGUUUACUCCUUCUGGAACAAACUCCUCCCACGAAUCUACCAAAAUGCCCAUCUGAACGACCAAUUACUGAGUGGCCGUCAGGACAUUCAAGGCAUUCAGUUCUUCGAGAGCACCAACAGCAGCAAGUACAAACAUGCAUUCUUUUCCAUGCUAACACUCGUCUGUCUCCUGUUAACUGUCCUUUGCGUCUGUGUCUACAUCCUCAAGCGAAAUACAAGGAAUUUUGGGAGUGUUUUAUGACAAAAAUUCAAGAGCCUACGGGAUUGGAUUAUCCGUUGUUCGAGUCGUUGCUUCAAGAAAUCCACUCAGAGUGUCCCGGAAAAAGCCGAGGAUAUCUCUCUACCACCCGUGGGCAGUCAUUCCCAUGAUCCCAAUUCUCCUCAAAUCCUCGAUUCUGAAUCCUACAGACUCGAGGAAAGCCUUGAGGUGCGCAAUUGGCGAUAUCACCUCACAAACAAUCGCUUCUAGAGGAACAAACUAUCUUUUGAUAUUCAUCCGUGCCGUCCUUUGAAAUGUACUUAAUGACCCUCAAUUGCUAAGAAACUGGACUUUCUAAAAAGUGAAA